AUGUUUCAGAACAUACAGACCAUAAUUUUAGACAUUAACGAUGGUGAAAUGAGGGCAGGGUAUUCAGGCGAAUGCUCGCCCAGAUACAAUUCUAACCUAAUUCUAGGGUUACCUAUAGGACACAAUGCAACUCUAAAACAUACUAUAUUCCCAUUAUUGCCAGAAAUAAAAAGAGAUAAUGUGGAAUUAUUAUAUGGAAUGAAAUAUAUAUAUGACGAUAAUAACAAGAGUAAGUAUGAUAUAAAUUUUGAUGUAAUGGAAAAAUUGCUUGAAGACAUAUCAGGUAGUAAAGCAUUAGAUGAUAAUUUUCAAGAUCAUCCUAUUUUAUUAACGGAACCUAACAAAACAGACAGUAGAUAUCGAGAAAAGUUUACAGAAUUAAUGUUUGAAACACAUAAUGUAUAUCAGUUAUUCCUAUCUAGAAGAAGUGUUUUAUCAUGUUAUGGAUGUGCAAGAACAUCUGGAUUAGUACUAAAUGUUGAACGAAAUUGUACAAAUUUAUGUGGAAUACAAGAGGGGUAUAUAUUUCAAAAACACAUUGAAGAAGUUCCCAUAGGAGGAGACCUAAUAGAUAGAAUUUAUUUAGCAUAUCUAGAAAAUGCUAAAAACAUAAAAAUAUAUCCUUACUUUACUAUUGAUAAAAGUUUAAGUAAUGAAAACGGAUGUAAUGAAAUUAGAAUAUUAAAAUGCCCCUUAGUCACAAAAUCGUACUAUCUUUGGGGUUCUCUUCACGUAGUUAGUCAAUUAAAAGAUAAUUUAGUUAAUGAUUUUCAACCUUUGGUUGAUAAAAGUAAAAAAAAUGCAGACAUAAAUGAAAUUAGCAAUAGUUAUAAAUUACCUGACGGUAAUGUGAUAGAUCAAAACACUUGUGAAUCAUUAAAACUUAUUUUUCCUUAUAUCUUUUUUAGAAAGAAAUACAAUCAAAAUAGUAUAAGUAAAGUUACCGAAAUGGCAACAUUAAAUAAUUUCGACUUUAAUUUAUUUUAUGAUUCCCUAAAAAAUUUAAAGCUUCCAGCUUUACACAAAUAUAAUUACAGAAUUAAUAAUUCUAAUUCAGUUAUCGAAAGAAUGCCAGACAACCCUGCUGACAAGAAUUCCAAUAUAUGUUACUCAAAUAACAUUGAAACUUACUUUGAAAUAUUUGAUGGCUUACAAGAUUUUAUUAAAAAAGGAAUUUUAUCCUUUAUAUCUGCAAAUAUGAACUUAGAUGAAGUUCUUAAUUUCUUAAUUGUAACAGGUGAAUCUACAAUGUUUCAUAAUUUUGUUGGAAUAUUAAAAUCGUAUCUACCUUUUAUAGACACAAUAAAAGAGAAAAGCACAAAAAUUAUUUAUAGUAAAGGGCUUGAUAGAAAAUACAACUGUUUCAUAGGUGCAUCCAUUUUGUCAUCCUUGGGAACCUUCCCGCAAUUUUGUAUGACCAAAAGUGAAUAUGAAGAGUUUGGUGUUAAAAAUAUCGUAGAUAAAAAAUGUGUCUGA